AUGGAGGGGGUGUGUCUAGCAAGCUUUGGAGGAUAUUACCCUGUUGUUCAUGAGGAGGGCCAUAUGCCAAGCCACAUCUCCUUUUCACUAUUCACUCUCACCUAUGCCUCCAUCAUCAUAGUGAAUAUGCUAAUCACUGUGGCAGUGGUUAACUUCCAGAGGCUCCAUACCCCCAUGUAUUUAUUCCUGGCUAAUCUUUCCUUCCUGGAGAUCCUCUAUACCUCCACAGUGGUCCCAAAUAUGUUGGAAGUUUUCUUGCAGAAAGCACCUGUCUCUGGUUGCUUGCUCCAGUUUUUUAUCUUUGUUCUAGCCUCAGCUGAGUGCUUUAUACUGGCUCUCAUGGCAUAUGAUUGCUACCUAAAAAUAUUCUACUUACUCCUGAUGGUGUCCAGAUAGUGCCUGGGGCUGGUGGUCAUAGCCUGGCUCUCUGGAUUCAUGGUAGAUAGGUUGGUUGUGGCCCUGGCCCAGUUGAGUUUCUGUGGCCUCAAUCACAUUCACUACUUUUAGUGUGACUUCAUGCAUUUGAUAGGCCUAGCCUGAUCAGAUCCCAGGAGAGCCCAGAUGACAAGAUUAAUUUUCUCCGUGGUCUGCUUCACUGUUCACUUAGGACUGACUGUGACAUCUUAUGCCUGAAUCAUGGGAGCUCUGCUGAGAGUGACUGCUGAUCCCAGCAGGCAAAAGGCUUUCUGAAUAUGCUCCUCCCUCCUAGCUGUAGUGAACACAUUCUAUGGAACUCUCAUGGUCUUACACAUUGCACCCUCUGCUGUCCAUUCCUAGCUUCUCUCCAAGGUCUUUGCCCUGCUCUACACUGUGGCUUCCCAUCUUUCCAAUCCUGUGCUAUAUAUCCUGAGGAAUAAGGAAGUUCAUCAGGCACUAUAGAGGCUUCUCUACAUUAAGCAAACUGAAACCCUUGAUGGAAGGAGGAUGGUGGGGAAGAUUAUAUGUGGACUUUGGACAUUUCUUAUUGGGGUGUCUUCCAGGAUUGAUUGGGGAGGAACAAUUUUGUUCUAUUCUAACAUUUACCUCUUUAAAACAUUGUAUAUGUCCUCUAAAAAUGAGAUGGUAGAAUAA